AUGCUCAAAAGGAUGUUGUAUUGUUAGGAUGAUAUAAUGCUAUGUGACUUUUGGAUUCAUGUUAAAUCAUUUUGGUAAACUCCAAGUGAGUUCGAUGGGUGGAAAUAGAUGAUACCAAAAACACUCUCUUCAAGUGUAUGCGCUGGUCUUAUUCUAGCUGGAGGAUACCUUAACUUAAGAUCAAAUUAAACGAUUAAUUAUACAAUUUUUAAUUUAUCUUCCCAUUUUAAUUUUUAAGUAGAAUUCAAACUUUGGUUGUUUGGCAUUUUGGAGGAUGAUUAAUUUAUUCUUAAGCUUGACGAUUAUGAAUUGUUAAAAGUACAAUUAAAUUAACCAACCCAUUAUAUAAACUGUGGAGGGAUUAAAUAACAUAUUAGCUUAAUAAAUCUUAGAGCUUAAAUGAAUAAUUCUUAAUCAUUAAUGAAGUUUAUUUUAAAACUCAAUCUAAUUCAACUUUAACUAAAUAUUGGGAAUUAAUGCAUUUGA